AUGGAAGGGUAUGUUGAAUGUGGUGGGAGCGGGCAGUCAACUCCCCGAAUUACCACUGUAAAGAGACCCGCAAAUAAUGACUCUACUGGAAAGGGCGAGGAGGUUCCGGCUUCGAGGCGGUGCUUGAUUCCUCCAGACGGGGCUUCAUCUUCAUCAUCAGCCGUCAGGGCUCCUCCUUUGAGGGACGAGGAAAUUGCCCGAAUCUUGAAUCAUGGCAGUGAAGAGGAUGCUGACAGCGAUGAUGAAGAUGAAGAUUUAGUUCAGCCAGUGCAUCUGCCGAAGAGAGCUGAAAGACUUUUUAUGUCUGAGGAAGACACUGAGGUGCCACCGAUAAACGCUGCUAUAGGCUUUGAGUGGCCACCUCAACUUCCCUCCGGCCUGCAGCCCCAACCUAGCGCCCAGCCCGAGCCCGAACCCAACGCCGAGCCUGAACCCACUAUACUGGUUUUAGAUAGAAAGUUCAACAUGUUUCAUAGGUUCAUCAAUUCAAUCUGCACUAGGAAAGAAAUUAAGAAGGAUAAAAGAAUCAAUGAACUGACAGAGAUCAUACAAAAGAGGAUGGCGAUGGAGAAAGCUAAUCAGCCAGGUCAGAACUCGCUUUACCCCAACUUAGAUGAUCCAUCUCCACCUGGGAGAAGGAAACUCUCUGGUCAGAUUUCUCCAGCCAUAUCUCUGAUAGGGCUUGCAAUUGCUAAUUCACUAGGUUCAGCCAAAGCAUGUGAUGAUUUAAUGUUUCUAAAUUCCAAUGGCCUAAUGUUUAGGGAUAAUACCCUUAGUGAGUCAUCAAAUGGAAUGUCAAUAUUCCAUGUCAGAUCUAGUUUAUGCCUGAAAUUUCAGAAUGGCUCCACUGAGUCCAUAACUCUGAAUAAACUCACUAGAAUUGAUAGGCAUGAGGCAAUUUACAAGGCUUGUGAUUUCAAGAUUGAAUCAAAGAGCACUUUUAGUUGUCUGGGGUCUGGAUACUGCUGGGAUGAGGGAUCAGGUAAUGCCAAUUCCAGAUUGCAGGCUGUUGGCCCUGAUGCUUGUAAUGUACCAAAUGGUCAACAUGGGUGUAUCAUAUCUCCCAAUUUGUCUUCUAGUGGUUGCACACAUGAGCAAAUAUGUAUAUGGUACUACUGGAAGAGGAUUCCUACCAUCAAUAAAUGUGACCCCAUCUAUGAACUCUCAUCUAGUACCAUAAUAGGUCAUAUGGACUACACAGACCCCAAAGGUAACAUCAUUCCAUUUAGUUUAUCAGAGUCCAAUCCUAUGACCCAUGGCCAUAAUGGCCCAUGUGGUGAUAUUCCAGACUCAUCAGAAAUUGCCUCCAAAGAAGAUUAG